GAAGGGGACGCCCCGCGAGCCCUCGGGCCCCACCCUGCCUCUGCCUUCUCCUCUGCCCACUCUGCUGGGCUCUCACACAGGCUCUGGGCGUGAGGACCCCCGGGUCUGCACCCUGGGAAGCCGCCAUCCUUCUUGAUCUAUCUGGUGACUCGGUCAACCCCACAGCCAGCAGGGCACACACAUUAGUGCCCGGGGACCCCUGCGUGUGCAGGAAAGCGUGGAGAGCCUGCGGCUGUGGCACCGGGGACCCCCUCAGGACCUGAGCAGCCGGCGCUGCCCUCACUCCCAAUGGCCAGGAAGGGAGCAUCUCAGGGGCCCAGCCGUUGGCUCAGGUCACGGCCCAGGUCACGGUCCAGGCAGCAUCGGGUGCCAGCCAGGAGCCCACAGCCAGAUGAAAUCAUGCACCAGGACGUGGUGCCCCUGUGUGCCGCCGACAUCCACGAGCAGCUGAAGAAGCGCUUUGCUUACCUGUCAGGCGGGCGGGGCCAGGACGGGAGCCCAGUCAUCACCUUCCCUGACUACCCAGCCUUCAGCGAAAUUCCGGACCAGGAGUUCCACAAUGUCAUGACCUAUCUCACUGGCAUCCCCAGCCUGCAGGAUGCCGGCAUCGGGUUUAUCCUGGUCAUAGACCGGCGGCAGGACAAAUGGACCUCGGUGAAGGCGUCCAUCCUGCGCAUAGCGGCAUCCUUCCCAGCAAACCUGCAGCUAGUGCUGGUUCUGCGGCCCACGGGCUUCCUCCAGCGGACACUCUCUGACAUAGCCUUCAAGUUCAACCGAGAUGACUUUAAGAUGAAGGUGCCGGUCAUAAUGCUGAGCUCGGUGCCAGAACUGCAGGGCUACAUUGACAAGUCACAGCUGACCGAGGACCUCGGGGGUACCCUGGACUACUGCCACUCCCGGUGGCUGUGCCACCGCACGGCGAUCGAGAGCUUCGCCCUCAUGGUGAAGGAAACAGCUCAGAUGCUGCAAGCCUUUGGCACGGAGCUGGCCGAGACGGAGCUGCCCAACGACGUCCAGUCAACGGGCUCGGUGCUGCGCGCGCACACAGAGAAGAAAGACAAAGUGAAGGGAGACCUGCAGCUGGCGCUGAAGGAAGGACGUGGCAUCCUGGAAAGCCUCCGGGAGCCGCCGGCCGAGGCCACGGCGCGCAGCGUGAACCAGGACCAGCUGGACAACCAGGCCACCGUGCAGAGGCUCCUGGCACAGCUGAACGAGACGGAGGCUGCCUUUGAUGAGUUCUGGGCGAGGCACCAACAGAAGCUUCAGCAGUGUCUGCAGCUCCGGCACUUCGAGCAGGGCUUCCGCGAGGUCACAGCUAGCUUGGACACCAUGACCCAGAAGAUCGCAUCUUUCACGGACGUGGGCAACAGUGUGGCGCACGUGGAGCACCUGCUGAAGGACCUGGCCAGCUUUGAGGACAAGUCUCGGGCGGCCGUAGACCGUGCCCAAGCCCUGGCACUGGAGGGCGAGCGGCUCAUGGAAAACAAGCACUACGCGGUGGACUCCAUCCUCCCCAAGUGCCAGGAGCUACAUCACCUGUGCGACCACUUCGCCUCCGAGGUCUCCCGGAGGAGGGGGCAGUUGAGCAAGUCCCUAGAGCUGCACGGCCUCCUGGAAGAGACCAUGAAGUGGUGUGAUGAGGGCAUCUACCUGCUGGCCUCGCAGCCCGUGGACAAGUGCCAGUCGCAGGAUGGGGCCCAGGCGGCCCUGCAGGAGAUCGAGAAGUUCCUGGAGACAGGGGCUGGGCGCAAGCUCGGGGAGCCUGGCUUCCUGUACCAGGAAUACGCAAGCAUCCUCACCCAGGACCUGCGGGAUCACGUGCAGAGGGUCUUCCAGAAACAAGAGAGCACCCAGGAAAUGUUCCAGCGGCGGGAGGCCAGCCUCCGGAAGCUGGCAGCCAAGCAGACACGGCCUGUACAGCCGGUGGCCCCCCGACCCGAAGCACUGACAAAGGCCCCUGACACAGCCCCAGGCAUCCGACGAGGUUCUGAGAACAGCAGCUCCGACGGCAGAAUCCAGCGGCGGGGCCCCUACCGGAGGGCUAAGAGUGAAAUGAACGAGAACCGCCAGGGCCGGGGCGACUCUGCCGGGGACGAGGAGGAGAGCCUGGCUGUGCUGCGUAGGCACGUGAUGAAUGAGCUGCUGGACACGGAGCGCGCCUACGUGGACGAGCUGCUCUGUGUGCUGCAGGGCUAUGCCGCUGAGAUGGACAAUCCUCUGAUGGCACACCUCCUGUCCCCUGGCCUUGCCAACAAGAAGGGCAUCUUGUUUGGGAACAUGGAGGAAAUCUACCACUUCCACCACAGGAUCUUCCUGCGGGAGCUAGAGAACUAUGCCGACUGCCCGGAGCUGGUGGGCAGGUGCUUCCUGGAGAGGAUGGAGGAGUUCCAGGUCUACGAGAAAUACUGCCAGAACAAGCCACGCUCUGAGAGCCUGUGGCGCCAAUGCUCUGACUGCCCCUUCUUCCAGGAGUGCCAGAAGAAGCUGGACCACAAGCUGAGCCUGGACUCCUACCUGCUGAAGCCCGUGCAGAGGGUCACCAAGUACCAGCUGCUGCUGAAGGAAAUGCUGAAAUAUAGCAAGAACUGCGAGGGUGCCGAGGACCUGCAGGAGGCGCUCAGCUCCAUACUUGGCAUCCUCAAGGCCGUCAAUGACUCCAUGCACCUCAUCGCCAUCACCGGCUAUGACGGAAAUCUCAGCGAUCUGGGACGGCUGCUGAUGCAAGGCUCCUUCAGCGUGUGGACUGACCACAAGAAGGGCCACACCAAGGUCAAGGAGCUGGCCAGGUUCAAGCCCAUGCAGCGCCACCUGUUCUUGCAUGAGAAGGCGGUGCUGUUCUGUAAGAAGCGGGAGGAGAACGGCGAGGGCUACGAGAAGGCCCCCUCCUACAGCUACAAGCAGUCCCUUAAUAUGACCGCCGUGGGCAUCACUGAGAAUGUUAAGGGUGACAACAAGAAGUUCGAGAUCUGGUACAACGCGCGGGAGGAGGUGUACAUCGUGCAGGCACCGACCCCUGAGAUCAAGGUGGCUUGGGUGAACGAAAUUCGGAAGGUGCUGACGAGCCAGCUGCAGGCGUGCAGAGAAGCCAGCCAGCACCGGGCCCUGGAGCAGUCCCACAGCCUGCCCCUGCCAGCGCCCGCCAGCACGAGUCCCUCGCGGAGCAGCACAAGGGGCAUCAGGAGGCCAGAGGAGCGGAAAGCUGACCCCCUGGGCCUGGAGGGCUACGUGGGCUCGUCGUUAUUGCCCAAGCCCCCCGAGAGGGGCCCAGAGGACACGGUGCCCAGCUCCGCCUCCGAGAGCUCCAUGCUGUCGGGAAAGCACUGCGCCCUGCCGGGCUGUGCCGGACUCCAGGGCCCGAGAGCUUCUCCUUCCAGUCCUGACAAAAAAGCUAAGAGACACGAAGUCAGGAGCGACCCAACUCCCUUUGGUCUGCGAGGCUGGAGCACAGCGCCACGCUCACUGGAGGCCCCGGAGGACGACGGCAGCUGGUCCAGCGCGGAGGAACUCGGCAACUCGUCCGACGUGGAAGACGAAGGAGGCGCUGGGAAGCUGGUCCCAGGGAAGUACACGGCCACUGCGGACCUCGAGAAGACCGGCCCCGCCGCGCUGGCCGUGAGGAGCGGGGACGUGCUGGAGGUGGUGGAGGAGGGGGCCGAGGGCCUCUGGUACGUGCGGGACCUGAGCAGCGGCGCCGACGGCUGGGUCCCCGCGGGCAGCCUGCGCGCUCUGCUGGGCCGGCCGGCCUCGGCCCGCGCUCCGAGCAGCUCAGAGUCUAGCCCGGGCUCGGCCGCCUUGAGCAACUCGUCCAGCUGCAGCGAGGGCGGCCCCACAGCCUUCUCGGACCUGCAGGGCUAGCGGCGACGGCAAUGCCCUGAGGACCCCACGCGCAUGACCCGCGGCCUCGGGAGGUCCGCGCGGGAGACGCAGCACCCCACGGAGGCACGUC